UAAAACAGUCACCAUUGGCCAUAGCAAGAGGCCAGUCAAUACCAAUUCUUCCCCAAGUGAAACAUAAUUCAUUUGUUUUACUUUUUUCUGUGCCGAACAAAGGAUAAUUGAAAAAAGGAUAACAAUAUGGCCGCUGCAGCUGCUCCAGCAGCAGCUGCUGCCCCUGCUGCGGCUGCACCAGCUGCUGCUGCAAAUAAGGAUCUGGUGAAAAUCACUGGAGAGGGAGCGUUUACAAAUUAUAUGAAAAAUCGUUUACGACGCGGUGGCAUGAAACGCAAGGCCUUGGAGAUUGUAAAUGGCCAUAAAUUUGCUGUAAGAUUUUUUAAGCAACCCACCUACUGUGGCCACUGCAAGGACUUUAUAUGGGGCUUUGGCAAACAGGGUUAUCAAUGCGAAGAUUGCCGUUUUAACAUCCAUCAAAAGUGCUGUAAAUUUGUGGUUUUCAAAUGUCCUGGCACCGAAACGGACAUUGAUGGCGAUUGUGCCAAAGUCAAACACAUUUGGGUAUCGACCACCUAUUCGGCCCCCACAUUUUGUGAUGAUUGCGGUCUGCUGUUGCCCGGUGUGGCCCAUCAGGGAGUCAAAUGUGAUAAUUGCAAUUUGAAUGUCCAUCACUUUUGCAAAGAAAAAGUGCCGCCUCUAUGUGGUGCAGAUAUUUCUGAAAUUCGUGGCAAAUUGCUUUUGUAUGUGGAAUUAAAGGGAAAUACUUUGAAAGUUGACAUUAAGGAAGCCGCCAACUUGAUUCCCAUGGAUACCAAUGGCUUGAGCGAUCCCUACAUUGCCAUUCAAAUACAUCCGGAUCGCAGUGGUAAAACCAAGAAGAAGACCAAAACCAUUCAAAAGAAUUUAAAUCCGGUCUACAAUGAGUCCUUUACUUUUGAAUUGGCUCCACAAGAUCGUGAAAAACGUUUGCUGGUGGAAGUUUGGGAUUGGGAUCGUACUUCCCGUAAUGACUUUAUGGGCUCAUUUUCCUUUAGCAUGGACGAAAUCAAAAAUGAACCCAUUGAUGGCUGGUACAAGUUUCUGUCCCAAGUGGAGGGUGAACAUUACAACAUACCAGUCUGUGAUGCCGUCAAUGACAUGGCUCGUCUAAGGGAUGAAGUUAAGCAAACCAGGCCAGCAAACAAGCGUCGCAUGGACAAUAAGGAUAUGCCACACAACAUGAGCAAACGGGACAUGAUUAGGGCAGCUGACUUUAAUUUCAUCAAGGUGCUAGGCAAAGGAUCAUUUGGUAAGAUCCUGUUGGCAGAGCGUCGUGGUACCGAUGAACUCUAUGCUGUUAAGGUGCUACGCAAGGAUAUUAUCAUACAAUCCGAUGAUAUGGAAUUGCCCAUGACAGAGAAGUAUAUUUUGGCUUUGUCCGGAAAGUCACCCUUUUUGGUAUCUCUGCACUCAUGUUUCCAAACUAUGGAUCGCUUGUUCUUCGUUUUGGAAUAUGCCAAGGGUGGUGAUCUAUUGUUUCAAAUUCAGAAAUAUGGCCGUUUCAAGGAAUCGGUGGCCAUUUUUUAUGCUGUCGAAGUGGCUUUGGCCUUGUUUUUCUUGCACGAGCAUAAAAUCAUUUAUCGUGAUUUAAAGCUCGAUAAUAUAUUAUUGGAUCUCGAUGGUCAUAUCAAAUUAACCGAUUUUGGCUUGUCCAAAGACAAUGUGGGUGAGAAUGACACCGCCCGUACUUAUUGCGGUACUAGCUCUUAUUUAGCACCAGAGAUUCUGUCGUAUGAACCCUAUAACCAUACAGUCGAUUGGUGGUCCUAUGGUGUACUUUUGUAUGAAAUGAUGGCUGGCCAACAGCCGUUUGAGGGAGAGGAUGAUGCCACCAUGUUUAAGAAUAUCAAGGAAAAAAAGGCUGUAUUUCCCAAACAUUUCUCUCAAGAAUCUAUGGAUGUCAUAACCAGCUUUUUGGCCAAAAAGCCUAACAAUCGAUUGGGAGCUGGUCGCUUUGCUCGCAACGAAAUACAAACUCAUCCUUUCUAUAACAUUGUCGAUUGGGAUUCCGCAGCUGAGAAAGGCAUGGAGCCACCCAUCAUACCAUUGAUUAAACAUCGCAAGGAUAUUUCCAAUUUCGAUAAAACAUUUACGGAAGAAAAAACCGAUUUGACACCAACCGAUAAAUUGUUUAUGAUGAAUUUGGAUCAAGGCGAUUUUAUUGGUUUCUCUUAUAUGAAUCCUGAAUUUAUAACAAUGGUCUAAAAAAAUCUAAUAUAAAGACCACAGGCACUCCUUAUUGUAUCUGCACCCAGCUCUGGUCAGUUCUUUAGAGUUCAACAAAUUUCAAAAUAUUUAUUCAAAUAAAGCUAUCAAAAACUACCUAAAA